AUGCCAUCAGAGCACCCCGUUCCCGCGAUACACGACCAGCCCUCCUCAGACUCCUCGCAGGGCCAGGUCAAGCUCUGCUCCGCAUGCCAUUGCCCCCUCUCGGCGGACUCUCCCAAUUCUGCUUUCUUUCUCCACGGCGACCCUGAAUCCAGCGAGACUACCAUUGUCUGCGGUCCAUGCCACACCCGUCUCGCCCCCCUCCGUCCAGAUGCGCCGCUCCCGCCCGACGAGUACUUCACCAUGGAGCGCGAGCUCUUACGUCGCGCGGCUUCCCUGCAAGGCGGCCACAACGAGGCACCGGCCCCACCACGCAGGGAACCCAGCCUUCACGCGACGCACUCGCCGGUCGACCGUCGUCUUGAUGUCGACGAGGACAUGGACCGUUUGCCCAGCGCCCCGUCGACCGUCCAUGUUCAACAGCACCCGACAUGCUUACCGACUCCGUCAGAGACGCCUGUCGUCCACGUUCCCGCUCGCCCAACCCCCGCACCCAUCGAUACCAAGCUCACCCCUCCUCAGCCUUCCCAGCCAUCCGCGACAGCACAACUAUCCCCGGUCCAGCUCGCUACCCCGUCUACGAGCAGGACACGCUCAAACGCAGCGCUUGCCGUGUCGCCUGACCCGUUGUCGGACAUCACGCGGCUACGAGUACGCUCGCAAGGACAUCACUGUCUCUACCCUGGCGCCACAUUUCAGGGUACGCAGAAGAGCGGGAGGAACAGCUACGACGUCAACGUUACCAUAGUGGACGUCGACUUCGCGUCAUCGCACUUGUGUGGUUAUUUGCGCAUACGCGGGCUGACGGAUGAUUGGCCUGAGCUCACCACAUAUUUCGAUGCCGAGAUCAUCGGAAGCCGGUACGGAUUCUUGACGAGGAAUUGGGGAGCAACGGAGCAGGAUGAUAUGGUUCAUUGGGCUCGCUUCCCUGCCUUCAGACAUGUCCGGCAUGAACUGAAAAAGCCGCACAUGACGAUGAAGGACGCGAACCGUGGUGCGGUGUUCAUGAGGUGGAAGGAGAAGUUCUUGGUUCCCGAUCACCGUGUACAGGACAUCAACGGCGCGAGCUUCGCAGGGUUCUACUACGUCUGCGUUGACUUUAACCCUCAGCAGUCCGGCUCCACGGGUGUCCAUAAUUCCCCGUCUCCCACGUCCUUUGAUCCGUCCACACAAUUGCCGUCGUCGCCCCCCGCAAGUAACAAGCCGGAGCUCAGCCCGCGCUCACGGCGAGCAUCCGUGAAUCAGGGUGCGAAGAGGCAAGGCCGCUCGCGAUCGCGCGGCGUACCAUCGUCCCCUGUAGCGACCAUGAGCGGGUUCUACUUCCACCAAAACUCGGAACCAUAUCAACAGCUCUCGCUGGUGCACGUACCGGAGGGUACGACGUCAUCCUUUGAAUUCCGAUGA